ACAAACGGAAAACCCGGGGGAGACCCGCAACAAACGGGACCGCAACAAAGGGGACCCAGACAAAGGGACCGGGACAAAGAGACCAACAAAGGGAGACCGCAAAGAAAAAACGGAGACCCGAAAAGGGACCACACAACGGAACCCAGACAAACGGAACCAACAACACAGACGGAACCCGAAAAGGGACCAACAAACGGGACCGAGACAAACGGAGACGGAGACAACGGACCACAAAACGGAGACCAGACAAACGGGGACCCAGACAAACGGAACCCCAGACAAAGGAGACCACAAAGGGGACCCAGACAAACGGAACCGCACACAAAGGGAACCGAACAACGGGACGAGACAAGGAGCCGCAAAAACGGACCGCAAAAAGAGACCAACAAACAACCGCAACAAACGGAACCCAACAAAGAACCCAGACAAACGAAACGCGACAAACAGACCAACAAAACUAACCCACAAAAGAUCCCCAACAAACGAACCAGACAAAGGAACCCAACAAACGAGACCCAGACAAAGAGAGCGGCAGACAAACGGAGACCAAAAAAAGGAGACCGCACAAAAAGGAGACGCAGACAAAGAAAACCGGGGACAAACGGGAGCCCGGGAACAAACGGAGACCCCAGAAAACGGGACCCCAGACAAACGGAGACCCAGACAAAACGGAGACCCACAAAACGGAGACCGCAACAAACGGAGACCCAGCAAACGGAGACCGCAAAAAAAAGAGACCCACACAAACGGAGAACCCAACAAAGGAGACCCAGACAAACGGAGACCCAGACAAACGGAGACCCAGACAAACGGAGACCCCAGACAAAACGGGGGACCCAACAAAGGGGAGACCGCAACAAACGGAGACCGCAGACAAACGGAGACCGCAACAAACGGAGACCAGACAAACGGAGACGCCACACAAACGGAGACCACACAAAACGGAACCCAGACAAAGGAGGACCCAGACAAAACGGAUACCCAACAAACGGAGACCGCAGACAAAACGGAGACCCCAGACAAACGCGGAACCGCACACAAACGGAGACCCACACAAACGGAGACCCCAGACAAAAGGAGACCCGACAAAAACGGAGACCGCAGACAAACGGAGACCGCACGACAAACGGAGACCGCACACAAACGGAGACCGCACACAAAACGAGACCCAGACAAACGGGAGACCGCAACAAACGGAACGCAAAAGGAACCCAACAAGGAGACCGCAAAAAACGGAGACCGCAGAAAAAACGGGGCACAAAGGAGCACCCCGACACAAACGGAGACCCAACAAACGGAGACCCCAGACAAACGGAGACCGGGAACAAACGGAGACCGCAGAAAACGGAGACCGCAACAAACGGAGACCCAGACAAACGGAGACCCCAGACAAACGGAACCCAGACAAACGGAUGACCCGCACACAAACGAGACCCGAAGAAAACGGAGACCGCCAAGACAAACGAGACCCCACAAGGAGACCACACAACGGAGACCCCAGACAAACGGAGACCGCACACAAACGGAGACCGCAGACAAACGGAGACCCAGACAAACGGAGACCCAGACAAAGGGAGACCGACACAAGGAGACCCCACAAAACGGAGACCCAACAAAACGGAGACCCGAAGCAAAAGGAGACCGCAGACAAACGGAGACCGCAGACAAACGAGACGACAGAACGAGACACAAACGGAGACACCCAGACAAACGGAGACCGCAGACAAACGGAGACCGCACACAAACGGAGACCCGCAGACAAACGGAGACCGACAAAACGGAGACCCGAGACAAAAAGACCCCACACAAACGGAGACCCCAGACAAAACGAGACCCCAGACAAGAGACCGCAGACAAACGGAGACCCAGACAAACGGAGAACCGCAACAAACGAGACACGCAGACAAACGGAGACCCAGACAAACGGAGACCGCACACAAACGGAGACCCAGACAAACACAAACGGAGACCCAGACAAACGGAGACCGCAGACAAACGGAGACCACACAAACGGAGACCGCAGACAAAACGAGACCGCAGACAAACGGAGACCCCAGAAAGAGGACCGCAGACAAACGGAGACCCCAGACAAACGGAGACCAACAAAAACGGAGACCGCAACAAGGAACCGAGACAACGGAGACCGCAAACAAACGGAGACCGCAGACAAACGGAGACCGCACACAAACGGAGACCGCACACAACGAGACCGCGACAAAACGGAGACCGCAGACAAACGAGACCCCAUACAAAAGAACCGCACACAAAACGGAGACCCCAGACAAACGGAGCCCUGCAACAAACUGAUACCCAACAAUAA